AUGACAGAUGGACUGUCAAACUACCCUAUUAAUACAGAGGCUGCUGCUGCUGGAAGCGAGGAACUCUGGAAUUACCAUUUUUCCGUGGGUGUAAAUCCGUUACUCAACUUCCCAAGCUCGCCCUAUCAAAGACGGUAUGAAACGGAGCUUCGAUCUAUUGCCUCGUCCAAUGAGACUGUGUUUCAAGUUGAAAACUUCUCCACUUUGUCAGACACAAUGGACAGGAUCCUUGAAAUUUUGUCUUCUUCAAAAGACGGUGGAAUGUCCGAAUGGGGCUCAUGGAGUGUUCCUGCGUGUCCACCACUGACAUGUGAGAACCCGACCAGCCUCCGGAAUGCGACCAGGACCCGAUCCUGCAACAACCCUCCCCCACUGUUGCCGGUAGACCCUGCAGCGGGACACGACUGA